AUGGUUCUUCUAGCAAAAAUUCUAAGCCCAGUCUUGGGGGUGACCUCGGAAGCCAUCCAUGCCGCUCGCGAAAGCUCCUCAUCUCGGAAACAAGCUACUUCCACAUCUCCAGAUUCUUCGGUUACAGAUAAUGUCGAGCUCGAGGCUAGGGCCGAUAAGCCCAAUGACAAUGGUAUAAUUGAUCAAAACGAUGAGAAACGCAAGAUUGAGGUCGACAUAGCCGAAUUUGACUAUGUAAACGGCUUCGACCAAGACGAGGCCGUAUGGGAAUUCGACGAAAUCGCCGAUAGCAUGCGAACAACAAACAACGACGAUACAGCACUAGAAGAAAGAGAAUCAAUAGUAGAAGAGACAGAAGAUGUUAGACUCAACGAAAGAGAAGCCCUGGUUCGCGAUCUUGUCGCUUUGGCGGGACCACCGCCCCCUCAACCAAUACAAAGGCUCCCAUGUCCCGUAAUCAUUCCUCAACGACGACCACGAAAGCGAGAACGAGGGUUUGUGCGCGCCUAUGCGCCUGUUCUUGCUGACAGCGGAGUUAGCGAGGACGUAUUUCUCGAGUUUCUCGAAGACUUCGAUCGAGUUAGCAAGGUAACAUCCUUCCUCCUCUCCCUGGUCCUUGAUCUGUAUAAGAAGCGUGAUGCUGAUGAAGUACAGGCCUCCGCAUGGAUCGAAGUAAUCCAAAUCGCCGGCGGCGUACUGGGCUUUGUCCCCAUCCUCGCAGCCCAAAUCACUAGUGCCGUCGUCCAAGUCGUCGCCGGCACCGCGCGAGAACUCCAAAAGCGUCAUCGCAAGAACUCAUUUCUGGAUCGCGUCAAUCAGGAGAUUUUUAUGCCGCGAGGCCUGUAUGCGAUGGUGAUGGCGUUCAAGGAUGCGGUUCCUGGACAGCAGCAGCAGCAGGGAUCACUGUUUUCAAAGGAACGGCUAGACUUGAAUCAGACAGUCGAGAAGUUUAGGGAUCCGGAUCCGAAUAUGACGAAGUUCAAGAAGGGUAUGAAUGAUAUUAGGCUUGUGAGCGGCAAGACGCGUGGCGAGAUUGAGUUGCCCGAAGCUGCGGCUUUGAUAUAUCCGGAUCUGAAUCGGGUAGUCUUGGAAGAGGGUGAGGGACUAGCAAAGAUUCGCGAUAAAUUGAGGAAUGCCGGGGAAUGGUAUAAUGAUUACAGUGAUAGGAAGGCACAUGCAUUUUUCGAGGCCAAGCACGAAGGAUCAGCCCUAGUCAUACCCUCCGAGCAACGCAAACCUUUGAAAUCUCGCUUCAACGACCCCAACCAUCCCGCAAACAGUGGCUCAUUAAUCUCAAUUCUGACGGGAGGACACAUCCCUGUCCCGGGGGUUGAUAAGAUGAUGGCCGAGACACAACAGCUGGUUGAGACUGGUAUCAAGCGUCUUGUAAAGGGGAAAUCUUCCGUUGAGGAAGAGGGAGAAUCGAAUGGACAGCCACCAGAACUUAUUACUAGACGGAUAAUUAAGAAGGUGUUACAAGAAGAUGUGUUGUAUUUAGUGGUUGUCAAUCUUCCUAGUCAGGAGGAGGUGGAGGAAUCUGUUGCGAAGCUGGAGAGUAUUGCGAAGGAGGUUGAGGCUGCAUCUUCUGAAUAA